AUGUACUUCUUCUUAUUCAAUUUGGCCAUGAUUGACCUUGGAAUAAUGUCAGUAAUAGUACCAAAAUCUAUGGAUAUGUCUCUGAAGAAUGACAUAUCUAUUUCUUAUUCUGGCUGUGUUGCUCAAGUUUUCUUUUAUUACUUUUUUGGGUCAUUGGAUCUAGUUGUGCUAACUAUAAUGGCGCAUGAUCGGUAUGAGGCAAUUUGUCACCCACUUCAGUAUGAGAGAAUUAUGCACAAGGGAGCCUGCCUUCAGAUGAUAGCUAUUGGGUACAUGGUCAGUCUUUUGUAUGCCACCAUACAUACUAGUGGCACAUUUGCCAACACCUUCUGUUCUAAUAUUGUCAACCAGUUUUUUUGUGAUAUCUCACAGUUAUUAAAACUCUCUUGCUCUCGUAUUUAUCUAGUAGAAGUUGGAUUUAUUGUUAUAAGUUUUGGUAUGGCAGUAGGAUGCUUUAUCUUUAUCACUGUAACAUACAGUCAAGUCUUUGCUACAGUGUUCAGAAUACCCUCUGUUCAUGGUCAGAAAAAAGCCCUUUCCACUUGCCUUCCCCACCUGACUGUUGUCUCCUUAUUGAUAUUCAGUUGUCUCUUUGCCUAUGCAAAACCUCCCACUGGUACAUCAUCUCAUCUAGAUAUAGCUUUUGCUGUGGUAUAUACUAUAAUUCCUCCCAUGCUGAAUCCAUUCAUCUAUAGCAUGAGAAACAAAGAGAUCAAGAGUGCUCUGUGGAAACUGUUCAACUUUACAAUUAUCUGUAAAAUAUUUUUUUAA